AUGGUCAUGAAUAUGACAGAAAAUGUCUCACCCAAGCAGGAAAUGGCUAUCCAAGCAACUGAGGACGAUUUUGUCGAAAGUUAUGACGUGACAUCAUCAGGUACUUCUCACCCCAGUGCCGCACUCUCCCCGCAAACCGCACCCGGCAGCAGCAAAGGAGUCUCUCCAGCAACUUCUACAGCUCCACCAUUGUUUUCUGAAGAAGGUCUACGCUUUCAAACGGCCACUGAAGAGCACACUGGAGAUGAUGAGUUUGUUGGCAUUCUGCCCAGCGAAGAGUUCGAGGUGGCCAUGGCAGAGGCUACAACACUCACAGAAACGGAUGUAGGCCGAGAAACGUGCCAAGUGGUCACAAACACCCUAGUCGACGGGAUUAAGGUAAGCAUCUAAAA